GUGAGAAAAUACUUGAGAAAUACUUCUCUAUAGAAAUACUUCUCUAUAUAUAGUUAGCAGGCAAUGUUGUGAACAAGAAAAGAAUUAGAGACACGGCUAAGAGAAGAGAAGAAAGGAGAGGAGAGGAGAAUAAAAGGGUUGGAACAAAAGAGAAAAUCUUACUAAAAGUCUAAGCAUUAUUGAAGGCAGAGAAAAUGUGAUCCCAAGAACACUGAAAUGGGCUUUCCAGAAAAAACCAUCCAUGGAAAUCUUCUGUGACCUUAUAUUUGAUAACGAUGAGUUUGAGUGGAAGAGCAUAGUGCCAACUGCACAAGAGAUGGAAAAUAUUCAAGGUGUUGCUGAAGCAAGGUUACUAGAUGAAGAACUAGGAUUACUGGAGGUGAUUAAAGCAGAUGGUAAAGAAAAGAGGAAGAAUAAACAAGUGGCAGCAAAGGGAAAGGGCAAACUGAGAACAAAAGAAGUUCUAGUUAACACCAAAAAGGGUAAGUUUGCAAGCACAAAGGGGAAAACACAGAAAGACAAACCAGAGUGCAGCUCUAAAGCAACUAAAAGGAAAGCGUCAAAGGAAACUGAUGAAGAUGAGAGUUAUGAGGAAAGUGAAGAAGAGAUUUCCAAGAGGGGAGUGAAGAAAAUGAUGCUGAGGAGAUUUGACCAACAAGUAAAACAAAAUUUCAAGAUGAUGGCAGAGUUAAGGGAUUUGAAGAACAAGCAAAACAAACAGGAGGUGAUGCUAACUAAGCUGAUUCGUUUGAUGAAGGAACUUUCAAAGAACGUGAAGAAGAUGAAUACAGAAGGAAAGGCAUCUAGAGCUGAAGAACUGAUAGAUGGCAACAAGGCUGGAAGUGAAAAGCAGACUCAAAGUAUCAACAACAAUGGACUUGAUGCAGAAGCAACAAAUGAAGAACCACCAAAACAACCACAAGUCCAGGAUGAGGCAACAGACAAUGUAGUCAUCCCCACACCUUGCAGUGGACCCGGUUUUAAAAUAUCAAAUAUGGAAGCAGAAACAGAAGAAAGUGGAAGCAGUGAGAAUGAAGGGGUCUUACAGCAAAAUAUUGAUUUGGACAAGAAUAAGAAUGAUGAACAGAUAGCCACAGCUGGCAAUGGAAGUAAAAGCACUGUAGGAGAUACCCAAGAAGAGGUCCAGGAGAAGAGCAAUGAUAAGGAAGAAGAAGCGAGGUUGAACAGAAGUGGUUCUAAAGAAAAUGAAAAGACAAAAACUAACAGUGGAGCAGAAAAAAACAAGAAAAGGGGAAAUGACAGAGAUGACGAAGAUGUUGAUACAGUUUGGAGUGAAGAAAAUACACAAUUCAUUAGAGAUUUGUGUAUGAAUGUAGACAUGAUUGAAAGACAAGUGUUUGGAGAAAAGAAGGAACAGGUGAACCAAAAAGUUGGAAGCAAAGUGCAGGAAACAUCUACACAAACUCAAAGAGCAAAGAGGACUGCCAAAUCUCCUGUCAGGUACACACCAGCAGGGCAGACAGCUGACGCAAAAAGAAGAAGGAAGGAAAAGGCCAAAAGAAUAGAAGAAGAGGAAUUCUUACCACCACGUAAAGUGAUCUAUGGACCCUUCUCAGAAGACCCAACCGAUCCUAUUGAUGAACAGCAAGCCAAACUAUUCAGCCAAUACCUCCAGAUUGGGCUUUUGAAGGUUCCAAAGAAAGAGAAAAAUGAAACUAGAAGAUAUAAGAAUGAUGAUGAAAAGUUGAUCACUAAACCGCUUGUUUUGGACAUGAUGAAGAUAGAGUCAAAAACUUGGUUGCAUGACCUGUGGUUAAACCAUCAAUGGCUAAAAGACACGCAUGUAGAAGUCGGGAUGUACUAUCUGGAAAUGAAGAGAGUACACUUCAAGUUGAAGCAAAAGUACUCAACCACAGGGCCAUUUUUCAUUCAAAUUAUAAAGAGGGAGCAUGACAUGAUCUUAGAUGGAAAGACCACACUCAAAGAAGCAGCAGACAAAGAAAUUCUGUCCCAAUACAUUCUAGGAACUGCAACAAACUUCUCCCUGCACUGGGCAGAUUGUGACUUCGUUUAUAUGCCAUUGAACACAGGAAGUCAUUGGGUGUUGUUGGUCUUUGUGGUCAAGGAAAGAAAGAUUAAAGUGUACAACUCAAACAAGAGAAGAAGCGACUCACUACGUGAUAUUCUGCAAUACAAAAAUUGUAUUACAAAAAUGCUACCCAAAAUUCUCGAUUUCCACAAUGUCUAUGAAGCAAUUGAUGAAGAGCCAAUGGGAAAGAGAGAGAUUCUUAUUGAGGGUGUUGCAGACUGCCCACAACAAGACACAUCGGGAAAUUGUGGAAUGUAUUUACUCAAAAUUGCAGAAUUCUUGAUGAUGGAUAUGGACUUAUGCGAGCUGACAGCUGAUGGCAUGGGGAUGUUCAGAAAGAAGAUGGUGUUAGAGUUGAUUGAGUACAGCAACAAAAGGUUGAGCGAGGGAACAAAAAAAUAGAAAGAAAUAUGUAAAAUGGUGGGGUUAACGAAUACUGUUUUUUGCUUAAAUGGAUAUGUAAUUGGGGUCGAGUGGGUAUGUUUGGCUUGACAUUUCUGGUUGUGUUUAUUUCUGUUACUUUGGAAAAGUUAAAAGUAUUAAACAAUGACAACUAUUAUCACCACUUUGUUUUGUCAGCUUAUUUCUAUUGAGGAGAUGGCAUUUAUUG